CGGGAAGUAGGCGGGGUGACGUGGGGUUGGCGAGUUCCACGGCGGGUUUGCUGAGAACUGUAGCCGGCGGCCGCUGGUUACGGGGGGCAGCCGAGUGCGAGAGGUGGAGCGGGGCGGUGUGUGGCCGGGGCCAUGACGGGCAAUGCCGGGGAGUGGUGCCUCAUGGAAAGUGACCCCGGGGUCUUCACUGAGCUCAUUAAAGGAUUCGGUUGCCGAGGUGCCCAAGUAGAAGAAAUAUGGAGUUUAGAACCUGAGAGUUUUGAAAAAUUAAAGCCAGUUCAUGGGUUAAUUUUUCUUUUCAAGUGGCAGCCAGGAGAAGAACCAGCAGGCUCUGUGGUUCAAGACUCCAGACUUGAUACAAUAUUUUUUGCUAAACAGGUAAUAAAUAAUGCUUGUGCUACUCAAGCCAUUGUAAGUGUGUUACUGAACUGUACCCAUCAAGAUGUCCAUUUAGGAGAAACAUUAUCAGAAUUUAAAGAAUUUUCACAAAGCUUUGAUGCAGCUAUGAAAGGUUUGGCAUUGAGCAAUUCAGAUGUGAUUCGACAAGUGCACAACAGUUUUGCCAGACAACAAAUGUUUGAAUUUGAUGCAAAGACGUCAGCCAAAGAAGAAGAUGCUUUUCACUUUGUCAGUUAUGUUCCUGUUAAUGGAAGGUUGUAUGAAUUGGAUGGAUUAAGAGAAGGACCAAUUGAUUUGGGUGCAUGCAAUCAAGAUGACUGGAUUAGUGCAGUAAGACCAGUGAUAGAAAAAAGGAUACAAAAGUACAGUGAAGGUGAAAUUCGAUUUAAUUUAAUGGCCAUUGUGUCUGACAGAAAAAUGAUAUAUGAACAGAAGAUAGCAGAGUUGCAAAGACAACUUGCAGAGGAGGAGCCCAUGGAUACAGAUCAGGGAAAUAAUAUGUUAAGUGCUAUUCAGUCAGAAGUUGCCAAAAAUCAGAUGCUUAUUGAAGAAGAAGUACAAAAAUUAAAAAGAUACAAGAUUGAAAAUAUCAGAAGGAAGCAUAAUUAUCUGCCUUUCAUUAUGGAGUUGUUAAAGACUUUAGCAGAACACCAGCAGUUAAUACCACUUGUAGAAAAGGUAAGUAUUCUGCUGUUGAGUAUUCAAGAUUUAGUUUCUCCAAAAACAUGA